AUGUUUUCUUUCCAACAGUGUUUGUGGUGUCUAACCAACAACAUCUGCUCAGAUUAUCCAGUGUCGUAUGUGAUUCCUCCAUCAUCAGUGUGUAAACUCUCUCAGGCGCGCUGGGGGGUUUGCUGGUUGAAUUUUGAAGCAUUGAUCAUCGCCAUUGCGGUGUUGUGUGGAGCGCUGCUGUUGGCCAUCGCUGUGUGCUGCUGCUGUUGCUGCUGUAAACGCCGCCGAUCAACCAGUGUUGAUCGUGAGGAUGAGCAGUUUGCCAGGAGACGAGAGGAGAUCAGACAGCGUGCUGAUGAACGGAGGGCUGAGAGGAAGACAAAACAUGAUGAGAUCCGCAAGAAGUAUGGUCUCAUUACAGACUCUGACCAUCCAUACAGCAAGUUUGAGAACGAGUAAAACAGAGGGACGUCCAGCAGAUGCUUUGCUUUUUUGAGACCCAUUUCUGAUUGGAUUACUUUAGGUUAGAUGAAGCUGGAGGGUAGCCAAAUCUGAGAUUACCUUGUUAGCCUGCUCAUUGGUUAGUUAUCUCUCUUUCUGUGUCAAAACACAACAGCAUCAAAUUUUAAUGCAUAAGAUGAAAAUAGCAGAAAACAGCAGUCAGAUUGUGAUUUUUUUUUUUUUUUUUUUUUUUUCAUAGCAAAUGCACCUUAAAGGAAUAGUUCCCCCAAAAAUUAAAAAUGUUGUCAUUUUCUUUUUUUUUUUAUUUACCCUCGUGAUGUUCCAAACUCAUAUACUUUUUUUUUUGCAUUGAAAAAAGUAGAUAUUUUCCAUACAACGACAGUUACUAGUGAGCAUGAAUGUCAAACUCCUAAAAGGACCAAAAAAAGCACUGUUAAAGCAUCAUAAAAGUAGUCCAUACAACUCAUGCACUAUAUUGCAAGCCUUCCAAAGUCAAAUGAUAGUUUUCUGUGAGAAACAGACCUAAAUUGAAGUUAUUAUUCACUGAAAAACUUCUUCGCCGGAUCUCUCAAAACCAUUUUCCUUUUUGUUUGGUGGCGAAUAUUCAGUGAAUAAUUUAGAUUUCGGUCUGUUCUUGAUGGCAAAGCUAUCAUAUGUCUUCAGAAGGCUUGGAAUAUAGCACUCGAGUCGUAUGGACUACUUUUAUGAUACUUUGUUUCUUUUUUUUGUUGUCUUUUUUAAAGCUUGACAGAUGUGGUCACUGUGAACGUUGUUGUAUGGAAAAAGCUGUGUGAAUAUUAUUCAGAACUCCUUCCAAAGGUGUUUGGAACUACAUGACGGUGAAUAAAUAAUGACAGAAUUUUCAUUUUUGAGUGAACUCUUCUUUUAAACACACUAACACUUUUUGCUUCAGCUGUGAUUGUAACGUCAGGUCGUUGGAACCAUUUUAAAUCACUUUUUCUUCUGUUAAAUGACUUCGAUGUUUGUAUUUACAAUGUAUGUUCUUAUUAAAACAGAUUUCCUAAUAAAAACAAGAUUUUGUUUUAAA